CGAUCGCUUAUAUUCACUCCAAUCCGCCGCGCGCAGCGCUGCUGCUGACCGAUUCCUCAUCCCGCAUCACGGCGGCAGUUAAUCAUGGGUCUCCUCAAAUCCCAACAGAAUCACAGUUCAAAAGUUUUUAUCAAUCCCAAUUUCCCAAAAAAACACCAAAAAAAAAAAAAAAAAAAAAUUCAAGAACAUCAUCAUCAUCAUCUCACUCUUCGAUAGUUCUUCGUUCGUGAGAGAAUUAGGGAAUGGCUCGAUCGAGCGCCGACGAUCUUGACCUGAAGCGGGCGUGCGAGGUGGCGAUCGAGGGCACGAAGCACAAGGUUUUCCUCUCGAUUCGCGUCGCCAAGAGCCGCGGCGUCUGGGGCAAGGCCGGCAAGCUCGGUCGUCAGAUGGCCAAGCCUCGCGUCCUUGCAAUUACAACCAAAUCAAAGGGCCCGAGGACUAAAGCCUUUCUUCGUGUACUGAAGUACUCUUCUGGAGGAGUUCUUGAGCCUGCGAAGCUUUACAAGCUUAAGCAUCUUUCUAGGGUGGAAGUUGUGCAAAAUGAUCCAAGUGGAUGUACAUUUACUCUGGGAUUUGAUAAUCUUAGAAGCCAAAGUGUAGCUCCUCCUCAAUGGACAAUGCGUAAUAAAGAUGACAGGAACCGAGUAAUUCAUAGCAUUUUGAACUUAUGCAAGGAGAUACUUCCCCGCCUUCCGAAGGUUGUUGGUGUAGAUGUUGUGGAGAUGGCUCUUUGGGCAAAGGAAAACACUUCCAGUGUUACUAAUCAAGUGAAUACGCAAGUAGGACCGGAUGCAACUGAUAUGGCACAAAAUGGCUCACAAGUUACUGUUGAAAAAGAUCUUGUUUCACAGGCUGAGGAAGAGGACAUGGAGGCUCUUCUUGGCACGUACGUUAUGGGUAUUGGUGAAGCAGAAGCAUUCUCUGAAAGAUUGAAGCGGGAGCUUCUGGCCUUGGAAGCAGCCAAUGUACAUGCCCUUAUAGAAAACGAACCUUUAGUGGAACAGGUAUUGCAAGGAUUAGAAACAGCGACUAUUUGUGUUGAGGACAUGGAUGAAUGGCUAGGUAUCUUCAAUGUCAAGCUUAGACAUAUGAGAGAGGACAUUGAAUCGAUUGAAUCACGAAACAAUAAAUUGGAGUUGCAGUCUGCGAGCAGCAAGGUUCUCAUUGAUGAGCUUGAUAAGCUACUUGAGCGGCUGGUAUUUCCACCAGAGUAUGCAGCAUGUCUAACAGGAGGUUCAUUGGACGAGGUACGUGUGGUCAAAUGCAUUGAAGCAUGUGAAUGGUUGAUAGGUGCCAUACAUAGCCUUGAAGUGCCGAAUUUGGAUCCAUGCUAUGAAAAAAUGCGAGCAGUUAAGGAAAAGCGCGCACAAUUGGAAAAGUUAAGAAGUACAUUUGCUAAGCGAGCAUUGGAAUAUUUAAGGAACUACUUUGAUACUAUGGUGGAUUUUAUGAUAAAUGAAAAGAGUUUUUUUUCAGAGCGAGGUCAGCUAAAGAGGCCUGAUCAUGCAGAGCUAAGGUUCAAGUGUCGUGUUUAUGCACGACUUCUGCAGCAAUUAAAGAAUAUUGACAAGAAUUCCCUGCGUGCUGUACGAAAAGCUUACUGUCAUGGUCUUAACUUGUUUCUUCGCCGGGAGGCUCGUGAAUACUCAAAUGAACUUCGUGCAAGCAUCAAGGUAGCGAAAUGCCCCAUAAUUUCACUUGAAACUGGUACUGGACCAAAUCAGAUGGGAAAUGUAGAUACUUCUGCAGUUUCUGAAGCAUAUUCAAAGAUGCUUGCUGCGUUCAUUCCUCUUCUUGUAGAUGAGAGUUCUUUCUUCGCCCAUUUCAUGUGUUUUGAAGUUCCUGCUAAUGUUAACGAUAACAGUUGUGGAUCGGGGGAAUUAAAGGAUGCUAAAAUGACUUCUAUGCACAAUGAAGGAAAUAAUUCAUCUGAAUUGCGGGCAUUAAAUGAAUACCUUCAAGCAUUACUUGAUGGAAUACAGGAAGAUUUUCAUGCAUUGGUAGAUUGGGCGUUCAAGAUCGAUCCUUUGCGUUGCAUUUCGCUGCAUGGAAUUACGGAACGGUACCUUUCUGGCCAGAAAGCCGAUACAGCAGAAUUUGUCCAUCUGUUGCUUGAUGACCUAGAAACUCGUAUCUCAACGCAGUUCGGCAAGUUUGUUGAUGAAGCAUGCCAUCAAAUCGAGAGGAACGAGCGCAAUGUACGACAGAUGGGAGUUCUGGCAUAUAUCCCAAGGUUUGCUACUCUUGCAACACGCAUGGAGCAAUACAUCCAGGGUCAAUCUAGGGAUUUGGUUGACCAGGCAUACACAAAAAUUGUAAGCAUAAUGUUUGUGACUUUGGAGAAGAUUGCACAAUUCGAGCCAAAAUAUGCUGAGAUUGUACUUCUGGAAAACUAUGCUGCUUUUCAAAACAGCUUUUAUGAUUUAGCUAAUGUGGUUCCAACACUUGCAAAAUUUUAUCAUCAAGCAAGUGAAUCAUAUGAACAGGCUUGCACACGCCAUAUCAAUAUGGUUAUUUUUAUUCAAUUUGAGAGGUUAUUUCAUUUUGCUCGUAGAAUUGAGGAGUUGAUGCAGAAUUGUACACCAGAGGAGAUCCCUUUCCAGGUUGGACUGUCAAAAGCCGAUCUCCGGAAAAUGUUGAAAUACAGCAUGUCAGGAGUUGACAAGACUAUAUAUGCCAUGUAUAAGAAGUUGCAGAAGAAUUUCACUUCAGAAGAGCUGUUGCCUUCUCUAUGGGACAAAUGCAAGAAAGACUUUUUGGAUAAGUACGAAAGUUUUCUUAAAUUGGUCGCGAAGAUAUAUCCCAGUGAACCCAUUCCCUCUGUCUCAGAGAUGCGAGACCUCCUCGCCUCCAUGUAGACGUGCAGAAAUUUUGACCUCUUUUUCUCAGGAAGAGCAAAAGUUUUCCUCUUUCCCAUUUAUUUUCAAAUCUAUUGAACUUAUUAAGAUAUUGUAUCCAAGUAAGUUUCCGUUGGUUUUGGAGCAAUUUGCUGCUAAAUUGAA